CACACUGCAGGAGAUGGAAGCUUCAAAGAAACAAUUAGAUAAGAACGUGGAUAACGAGAAUUUGAGCGAUAUUGAUAUGAGCGAUGUCGAUACCGCCACCCACAAAAUGGAGGUGACGGAAUUAAAAGAGAAAAUAAAAAAAUUAGAACAAAAGGUCGCUGAUAUGAAGGAGAAACCACCGUCGCAGCCGCAGCUAUCCCGACCAAGGCCGACAUCCGAGCGGACAUCCGAACCGCAGCCUGGGCCAUCAGACAAGCUUGUUAUUGAAUCAACAGAAGAAGAAGAAGAUGAGAAUGUAGAGAAUGUUGAGAAGGACCCGAUACAUAGGAUCAAAACGUUCAUUUUUAUAAUAAAGAGUACUUUAUUAUGUAGAGAAUGUUGA